UGCAAAGUUCAAGCCCCCAGUGCAGAUUAUUAACUGGUAGAAAGAGGUAGGCUCCUAACAGGCAUGUCUCAGCUGGUUUCUUUCUAAGUGCUGAAAUACACAAGACUCCUUGCGUCUCUCGGUCUGUCUCCUCACUGUCCUGAAGGCAGAAGGUGAUGCCUCUCUCCAAACAACAGUGAAGGAAGUUUGUGGAGAUAUGGAGAGGAUCAAUAAGGAGACUGGAGAGUUGAGUGCCUCAGGGGAAAGUACAGAGAGCACAGAGCUGAAGAGUGAUGAACCUCAGAUAGAGCCUGGGCAUGAGGAGGAAACACGCGCAGUACUGGACGCAGCCACAGCUCUUGAAGAGCAACUCCUAGAAUUAGCCAAAUCAACAACAGUACAGAGAGAAGAGCAGCUCCUCCUCCUUCUCCCCAUAUUUAUUCAGGUUUGUGAAAGCAGUAGAACCCCUGAGGACUUGGAUCUCCAGAGUUUGGCGACUCACGUGACAGAGACUCUGGUGUUUCACAUACAGCAGAGAGUGGCAGGAAAACCUGCAGAGGAAGCGCGAUAUGAGGUGGAGCAGUUUUUCCAACCGACAGAAAAUGGCCGAUGUAAAGGAUGGCUGCUGUUGAAGGCUGCAUAUUUUUUGUCUGCUAGUGACGCUGGUGUGAAUGCAGCAAUUGUCACAGGACUAGCUGCUGCUUUAGUGAAGUGCCUAUAUCUGUUCGUAGCCCUUCCUGCCAAAACAACCAGUGACCAGGAGGAUGACAAGUGUUCAUUCCAGGACAUGUUAAUUAAGGUGAUCCUGCAGCUGUGCAGACAGGUGCGGUUUGUGGAACAGCUGGUGGAAACAGAGGAGCUGCAGUGUGUGAUCAUUGCUCUCACCUCCCUGUGGGACCAGUGUAGUUCCUCAUGGAGGAGACAGGUCUCCCGCGUGCUCAGGGCUGUAUCAGCAGCCCAGGUUCCGAACACAGUUCCAGCACUGCAAGCUAAGAACUGUAUGAAGAUCUGCAUCCAAAACAUGCUGAAAAUGAGUAAGCAUGUUGAUGGGCUGAUUCUAGCUGAGGUUGCUGUGAAUGUGUUCAGCUUUGUGAAGGAUUCCUACCCAAACAACCCUGCACUUUUUGAAGAGUUUGAGAACAAUGAUGGCUAUACAGUCCUCCAGGCCAUCGUGGCACGGUGUGAGGAGGAAACAUCAGAGGAAGAUUUUUCUCCAGUGCAAGACCUCCUGAGUCUCAUUGCCUCAUUCACUUUAUUUGGCAAAGCUGAGUUAAAGGUGGCCCUCUGUGUGAACAACCCCCAGCCAGUAGGCUUUAAAUUUGACCCACCUUUGAUCACAGGCAGAGCAGUGAAGAACCUCAGAGCUUUUCAGAUUCUUCAGACUUCAUUCUUGCGUUCAGGCAGCGCACUGACCUGCAGUCAAAUCCUUUGCACGAUCCACACAAUUUGGUCAUGGGACAAGGCCAACUUCUUCCUGCUGGAGUGGACACUGCAGUGUCUUGCCCAGCUGGCUGAUAGCACAUGGCAGAAGCCAGCAACUGUGCACACCUUCUUUUUUAAGCUUCUAGAGACUGUGGUCUUUCAGCUUUCCUACAUCCCUCAUGAUACAUUACGGAAGGUGCAGGCUGUGCUAAAGGAAGGAUCAUCUCCAGCCUUUAGCAUGGCUGCUCUGCAGUCUUUCCAUGGCAUGGUGAUGAGCAGUAUGCUGCUGUCUGAGGUGCUGACUGAUGGGGGGUUGAUGGAUCUGCUGCUGGUGGAGCUCAGACGGCGAGCUAAGAUACUGAGGAAGGCUGGCAUUUCAGUGAAUAACGGGGAGCUCAGAAUGGAAGACUGUGAGCGACAGCUUACUACCAACAUGUUAAAUGUAGUUGCUGCUCUGGCAAUGAAAGCCAUCAGAAACACAGUGUUUAUACGGGACUCUGGGAUGAUUCCCUACAUAAAGAUCUUCCUGGAUGAUGAAAUGUACCGCAGUCCAGCUCUGUGUAUCCUGGAGCAGUUGUCUGAGACAAACCCAGAGGAGUACAUGAGCACUGCUAUAGGAGCUCUCUGUUCUUCCACAGAAUCUGAACUGCAACUCAAACAAGACCUGCUGCAUUCAAUCCUGAAAGUACUUGACAAUCCGAACAGCUGGAAUGCCUUCCGCACAGCUGGUGGCUUCACUGGUCUGCUCUCCAUGUUGGUGGACAUGGAAGGUUCUUUGCUGCAGCAGCCAUUAGGUGUGUGGGCCUGUCUUAGUCACCAGGGUCUGAUGGAGCUGAUGCUGCUUACCCUGCACACCAUGGCCACGGCUGUGCAGCUACAUCCUGUCAACGCUCACUUCUUCCAAGUCACCAACCUGUACGAGAGGCUAGCCGAGGCCCUGCUGCAGAUCGGCUGCUUCCUUGGUGGUCCACCAGUGGCUAUAGACCCAACCAAGGACCACAGGACUUUCCAGGAUUUUUUAAAGUUGACUGAAAGUUCUGGAUGUGUCCUUCCAGCACCACUGCAGGACUGCAUACGAGUGCUGAAAUUCCUGGAGCAAUUUGGGACAGGGCUCAGCACGGCUAUAGAUCUGUGUGCUGAGCUAAAGGAGUCUACAGAGAUUGAGGAGAAUCAGCAGGAUGUCACAAACCACAAGACAGAGGAGGAUGACUUCCAGGGUCGGAUAAGAAAAGCAGCUCUCACCAUCUCGUCUGUGACUAUAGAGUCAGGGAGGUUUACAUGUGAUCAUACAAUACUGCACCCUGGAGCAAUUAAGGUCAUCAUGACUCUCCUGCCUCAUAUCUAUUGCCCCAGUGACCCUCAGCUGUCUGCUGAGCUCCAGUUAGCUGUGGCCCAUCAUGUGCAGACUCUGGUGAAGUCUGAGCGGAACAGGCAGAUCAUGUGCGAGUCCAACCUGCUGGAAACCCUGCUGAGUCACUGCAGAGACAUCCUCAGUAACAGCACGCACUCACUGCAUCUUCCUGUAGUGCGCAUCCUGGAAAAACUGGCCUCUCAGUCUAUAGAUCAUAAGUGUCUCAGACAGUUCCUGUGUUUGCAAGCUCCCUUUACAUGUACAACUGAAAAGUCUAAUUCUUCCCCUGUCUCAGAGGAAGACCCAUCACACCAAAAUCCUCUCUCUAAUGGAGACUGUGCUAAUCAUGGCACUGAAGAUUCCACAGAGGGUGAAAUGACCAGUUCUAAAAAUGGCAGACAGACUCCGAAAAGGAGUUUUAGUUUACUGAACACUGCAUCAACUUGUAGGACACCUGUUUCUCUUCACCAGAUUAUUAGCCUUGUUUCAAUAACGUCACCACGGAGCUUCCGGCCUCACAAAGUCUCUGUUUCUCCAUCAUUUGUGGAAUUUGACAUGACUGACCGUGGAUAUGGGUGUCUAUUUCUGCCAUCUCUUGCUACAGUGAAAGGUGUUAGUGCUGACUCCAUCUCCACAGGAGGCACUGGUGGUGACUGCCGGGGUUUUCCUCCCUCUGCUGGUCUGUCUUUCUCCUGUUGGUUUCUGAUCAGCAGAUUCAGCUCAGCCUGUGACUCUCACCCGGUUCGUUUACUGACAGUGGUGCGCCAUAUGUCCCGUGCUGAACAGCACUUCAGCUGCCUGUCAGUCAGCAUCUGCUCUACUGAUGGCUGUCUGGUGAUCAGUACUGAGGAGGAGGCUUACCAGUUCUUAGACAUGAUGGAGCCAGUGCAAGGAACGCCAACUUCACUGCCAGCUACUGUGCGCUUUAAGUGCUCCAAACAGCUGAUGCCAGGUUUAUGGCAUCACCUUGUUGUUACUAUGGCCAAAGACAUCAAAAAGUGCUGCAAAGUAGCUGCUUAUCUGAAUGGAGAAAUGAUUGGAGCAUCGAAGAUGCGUUAUAUCCAGCCAUUUCCAGGCCAAUGCACUGCAAUGGAUGCAUCAGCAGUCAUUGACGUGUGUGGAAUUAUUGGCACUCCCCCUAUAUGGAAGCAGCAUGCAGCUCUGAUCUGGCGCAUCGGUCCUACAUAUUUCUUUGAGGAAGUCCUGAGCUCUGCUUUUGUACAGAUCAUGUAUGACCAAGGCACUAGGUACCAGGGCAACUACCUGUCACUUGAUAUUCAAGGAAAUGGAAAAUUAGAUAUUCCUCCAGUGCAGUUAGUUCCUCCAGAGAGGAUCUCGUUCGGAAUAAACCCAGCAGUGGCUACUGUCACUACUGUAGCAGAGAUCAGAGAUCAGUACAAUGAGGUGGACUGCCGUCUGAUUGCCAAAGAGCUGGGUAUUCAGUCAAGGGAUAACUCCACUCCUGUCUUCCUGGCCCGAAAUAUCAGUCAGCACCUCAGUGGAACUGCUAGAACUAUUGGGGCUGCCCUGGUUGGUGAUUUUGGAGUGAGGACGUUUACAUCAAACACCGCUUCCAGCAGUUUUCAGUACAUUGGAGGACCUGCAGUUGUUCUCAGCCUGGUUGCAAUGGCAACAGAUGACAGUUCUUUGUAUGCAGCUGUCAAAGUUCUGCUAUCAGUAUUAGACACAAAUCCUGUGAUGAAACAAGAGAUGAAAUGCAUCAGUGGCUAUAAGCUCUUUGCCUUCCUUCUGAAAAUGAAGGCUCACCUAAUCAGCUGCAGGACCUUCCAGCUGAUUUUGGCCAUAGUGGGUACAUUGGAGCUGGGAACAGGGAGUGUGUAUGUCCAUGACCUCACUGCUCUUCAGGGCAUCCUCUGUAACUUUGAGGUCUGGCAAAAAUCUCCAGAAGGUCUUGAUCUAUCUGUUUUAAACCAUUUUGUUGAUAUCCUAAAAUCAUCAAGUGGAGAUCCACAGAAUGCGGAGGCCAUACACAGUCUCGAUCUGAUGACGAAGCUCCUGAUAUUGCUGCAGGAUCCCACCGUGACUCACAGAAAAGUCACUGUCAUUUGCACCAUCAUCACAUGCCUGUUACAAAAACACUUCAACCCCAAAGACAUAAAGAGGCUUGGACUUUUCUUGAUUCAUACCCUGCUUCCACCAACUGUCAAUGAAACAAAAGCAUUUCCAUCUGUAAUUUGUGAAGAUCAAUCUCAAGCCUUGAGUCAAACACCUGGAAGAACCAUCUGGAUCAGGAACCAGCUGCUUGAGGUGCUGUCUUCACUAAUCAUCUCUGACACACCUCUUCCUAACAAGCAGCAGGAGGAAUUGUUCUUCAUACUGGGGUCAGACUGGUUCCUUCUCUUCCUGCAGGGACACAUCCACUCCAGCACAGUGCUGUUGGUUCUUAAGAUGCUUGUCCACUUUCUGUCACAACAAAAUAUACGAGCCAAGUUCAAAGAAUCUGUAUCAUCAGGAACACUAGUGGAAAACACUAGUGGAAAGCUAGUGCAUGUGCUGCUUGGUAUUUCAGAUAACUUACAAAAGCGCUCCUGGUCAUAUGGGUGUUUGAGUGGCACAUUCCCGGGCUUUACUGUGCUGUGCAGACUGCUGCUCAAUCAUAUCAACCUUUCACAGAUAUAUGGAGCAUUUGCUGCACUGCUCUUUGGAAAAUCAGACUUCCAUGUACCGGAUGGACAGGUAGAUCUUGACAGCAUGCUCCAGAGUGUGAUUGACAGUUCUGCUAAUGAGCAGGGAGUCCAGCUGUGCACAGAAGCAGCAUGUGUCCUUAUUGAACUGGUCAAGAUGAUCAUUUGUAAGCCCUUAACAGGAAGUGAAGAUAGCUGGGAUGUCCAGUACCCAGGGAGUGUCAUGCAGUUUCUCUGUUUGGUCCACAGCAACUAUCCACGAGAUACUCUGUGGGCCUCCUCUGAAUUCCUCAGCUCUUUAGCCAGUGCAGUUUUCCCCACUGAAAUCACUGAGAGUGCUGCAGGUCCUCAGAGUAACGAGGAUGCUGUGGACACAACCGCUCCUCGCCUAUCUCACCCUGCGAGGAAGCAGGUGUGCGACUUCAUCCGCAUCUUGUUAAUGGAUAGCCUCAUAAACAUCCCAGCCAAAGACCAGCAUCACCCCUUCAUCCAGCUGCUGGAGUUCUCGCCAGACAACGUGUGUCAGGAGCAGAAGCAGAGCUUUCAGACUGAGCUGUUAGAGUUUCUGAUGGACAUUAUCCAUAUAACAGGACAAGAAGGGGGUCAGUCUACACAUCUAGCCAGAGAUGAUUCAUCUGCAUACAGCUCAGAGGGGAAGUUUACCAUAUUGUCAGAGAAUGUCGCUUUCUUCAGUAAGAUGCUGGUGAAGAAACUCUAUAACGGCAUGUUUAUGGUGGAUCCAGAAAAUCUGCUGGUCUUUGUAGUAGAGCAGAUAUCCAUGGCGUUGGAGAGAAAGCACCCUCAGCGCGAGGCCUCGGUCUCUGUUCUAUACAAAAGCUUGAAUAGGACCGUGCUGUACUUCUUGUCCCGUCCCAGGCACACCCCAGCUGAGAAGGAGCUUAUCCUCAGGACCCUCCAUGUGCUGCAACAGCAUUGGGAUAUCAUCAUGGCCACCUACAAUGCCAGUGUCCACUUUAUUAGCUGCCUGCUGCACUGCCUUCUGCUCAUUCGCUCAGGAAGUUUUCCUGAAGGUUUCGGGUGUGAAAUGCAUAAAAAAACAGGCAAAAAAAUCUGGCGACAUCUUUUUCCCCACAAGAACACCCAAAUGACGGCCCCAGUUGACAUCCCUAAUUCGGCAGAGGUGGAGUCCGAGCUGUUAAAGCUUGUGGAAAGCACGUGGGAUAUGGUCAUGCAGGAGAGAAGACAAUCACUAGAAGAGGCCUAUAAGAUUGACCUUUCAGCCAAGCAAGCAGGAAAGGAGACCCUGGUCUCGAUGAGUGAUGUGAGCCCUCUAUGGGAGGAGAUAGCCAUGAAAUCCUGGCAAGUUUUUAUAGACUCUCAGAAGAAGAAGCUGAAUACUGGCCAGAGAAAGAUAAGUAUUCUUAGCAGUCGAUUACCUCAGAGGACACCUGGAAAGAACCCAGACCCUAUUGUGGAGACAUUUUUGGCCGACAUGGAAGUCCACAGAAAGAUCGGUGAAGAGAUGUUUGAGACUUUGAUGAAAAAUCAGAAACAGGCACUUCACUGUGAGAAUGAGUUAAUGGCUGUUCAGUGGCUGAAGAUGGAGGAGGACUUGCUUCGUGAGAGAGGGCUGUUUGGCCCUGGUCCAGGAGUCUUCAUCAAGCAGGGCUGGGUGCAGGACGCAGCUGAGGGGCCCAACCGGACCAGAUUCCGCAUUCGCAGGAAGGCAGCGAGGCGCUCAAAAAAGCUUCCAUCACUAAUGCCAGGACAGUACAUGAAACAUAGCCCUUUAGACGAGAGCAGAGGUGUGGCAGAACACGGCAUUGCAGAUGCAGAGCUUAGGAUUCUGAGUGAGCCAAGCAGGGAGGCCGAGCAGGAGCCUAGCCUGGACUGUGAGCAUCUAACCUUCUUCCCCACAUUGACUGAAGUCUUGAGUCCUACUGAAAAUAUUCCUGAGGAGUGUGUGGAGUCACAGCUCAUAAUCCAGCAGCUGGCUCCCAACGAGGAGAUCCAAGUCAAGCAGUGUGUGGCUGUUGUCAGUGGCCAUAUGCUACUGGAGGGAGUGCUAUUGUUUGGGAAGGCAGAUCUCUACGUUUGUGAGGGCUUCACGCUUACCUCCAGUGGGGAUGUGCGCUGUAGAAACCACCAUCCCACCAGUGUGAGAGACUCGUUUAUCUGCGGCAUGCUGAAGAAAGAACAGAGCUCUGUAAAACCAGCCUGCAGACGCUGGUCAUAUGAGGACAUUAAAGAGGCUCAUUUUAUACGAUUCCUUCUUGAGGAAAAUGCAAUUGAAAUCUUCUUGAAGAAUGGUGCUUCAGUGUUUCUGGUGUUUGUGAACAAAGACCAUGUCAGUGCUUUUAAAAGGUUAUGCUCUGUAGUACCUUCAUUAAAGGGAAGAGGGGUGACAGAGGCUGUGCUUAAUGUUAGAAAGACAGGAGCACUUGAGAAGAUGGUUAUUGCUAAAUGGCAGAAAGGAGAAAUGAGUAACUUUGAAUACCUCAUGCAUUUGAACACACUUGCUGGACGAACGUACAAUGAUUUGAUGCAGUAUCCAGUGUUUCCAUGGAUCAUUGCUGAUUAUGAAUCAGAGACACUGGAUUUGUCAUCACCAACAUCAUUCAGGGAUUUGUCCAAACCAAUGGGUGCUCAGAAUGAGAAAAGGAGAGAGAAAUUUAUCCUGCGAUAUAAUGAAGUAGACAGUAAUGAUGGUGAGCUGUCUGCACAAUGUCAUUACUGCACACACUAUUCCUCAGCCAUCAUAGUGGCAUCGUACCUUGUGAGAAUGGAGCCUUUCGCUCAGACCUUCAUCUCUUUGCAGGGCGGCUCGUUUGAUGUUCCUGAGAGAAUGUUCCACAGCAUACAGAAAGAGUGGGAGUCAGCCUCUAAAGACAACAUGAGUGAUGUGAGAGAGCUCAUUCCAGAAUUCUUCUACUUGCCAGACUUCCUUAUCAACUCCAACAACUUUGAGUUUGGUUGCAUGCAAGAUGGAACAUCUCUGGGGGAUGUUGUGUUGCCACCGUGGGCCAAAGGAGAUCCUCAGGAGUUCAUUCGCAAGCACAGAGAAGCUCUGGAGAGCGACUAUGUGAGUGCAAAUCUUCACCUGUGGAUCGAUCUGAUUUUUGGCUAUAAACAGCAGGGUCCAGCUGCAGUGGAGGCCCUUAAUACCUUCCACCCUUACUUCUACACGGAUAAGCAUGAUGCCGAGAGUAUGAAGAACCCGUUAAAGAAAAGCACAGUCCUCGGCUAUGUCAGCAACUUUGGUCAAAUUCCCAAACAGCUUUUCACAAAGCCUCACCCCAGCCGUAUUGCACACAAGAGCUCUUCAGGCAAAGAUCCGACUGGAGCCAAUCACACCGUCCCAUUUUUCUUUAAACUGGAGAAACUGAAGCCGUCAGUCCAGCCCAUAAAAGAGCUGAUGCAUGGGCCUGUCGGACAAAUCAUUUGUGGAGAGAGAGAUAUUUCGGUUAUGGAGAAGAACAAGUUGCUCAUGCCUCCUCUCUGGAAUACUUACUUCUGCUGGGGUUACUAUGACAACACAUGCUCAUUUGGCAAUUACACAACAGAGAAGGACUUUGCAGUGUGGGAAGGUCUGUCGGACUGGGGAGAGGCCAUGUGUGCUGCCUGUCCCAACAGUAAUAUCAUCAUCACAGCUGGGAGCAGCACAGUGGUGUGUGUGUGGGAUGUUUCCAUCCAUAAGGACAAGCUCAAGUACAUGAAACUCAAACAGGCCCUAUACGGACACACAGACACAGUGACUUGUGUAGUAGUGUCUGAGUCCCACAGUGUGAUAAUUAGCGGCUCUCAGGACCAGACAUGUAUCUUAUGGGACCUGGAGGAACUCAACUACAUCACUCAGCUUCCUGCACACUCAUCCAGUGUUACUGCUUUAGCCAUCAAUGAUCUUACUGGUGAGAUUGUGUCAUGUUCAGGGACAAAUCUGUACCUGUGGACAAUGAAAGGCCAGCUGCUAGCCUCUGUAAACACCCCGUAUGGACCGGAGGGCAGCAUCCUGUGCUGUUGCUUCACACAGAAGUAUGAGUGGGACCCACGCAAUGUCAUUAUCACUGGCUGUGCAGAUGGUAUUGUUAGGAUAUGGAAGACUGAAUAUACAAAGGUACAAUUACCUGGACAUGAAGAGCAUUCGGUGUCUCCGGGGGAUGCUGUAUCCCCGUCUACAGAGAACACAGAGCGCACCAGGACGAGAUGGGAGAAACACCUGGUGCUGUGCCGAGAACUGAAUCGGAGUCAGAUCAUCUCCCGUCGCCGCUACAAAAACAAUCCUGCUGUCACUGCACUGGCCAUAUCCAGGACUCAUGGUACACUACUGGUAGGUGAUGCCUGGGGCAGGGUGUUUGCCUGGACCUAUGAGGACUGAAGACAGGCAACUGAAAACAUCAAUCAUGUCCUGAUACUCAGCGCGCAGCUCAUCUGGGACUGCCACACCACUGCUGACUCCAGAGAUCUGCACAGCGCCUGCCGUGUUUGAGGGAUGACGCAUAGUUUCUUGGACUCACUGAGGCAUUCUUAUUCAAGCCAGAAACAGAACACUGCUUAUUUAAGAAAUGAAGGAUGCUGCAGAUUUUAGGUGUGUGUGUGUGUGUGUGUGUGUGUUUUUCGAUUUGAGCCACAGUACAGAUCAUUUUUAUUGUAUGGUCUCUUACUCCUCCUUUUUCCCCAAAUGAAGCCAAAUGAUGUUUAUUUUAGAAACAUUGGCCUGUUGGAAUUUUAUGGCCAGCCGUGUCCCAGGCAUGUGUUAUCUUAGCUGUAGAUUGUUUUUUUUUUCACUCUACUUUUUCAUACGUCUUGAUGGCUCAUGUGAUCAUUUUGUAUGGGCAUGUGUCUGUCACUGAGCAGCUGGCUUCUGCUCACGGUCUGGCAUUCAAAUCCAGGUUGUAAAAACUAAUGACAACCUUUUGUGUUAGUCUCUAGCAUGUACAUAUAUGUGAAUACAGUGCACGUUUUGUGCAACAGUGAAUCAGAUGUUUCUGCAUUGCUUGUGCCUCAUGCUGAUUAAGUUGCUUUUUAUACAGGGAAAUUUUUACAGAACAAGAGUGACUCAACCAUUCCAGCUUGACAGUGUGUUUUGUUCAACUAACAGAGAAGCUUAUGUUGUUUAGGAUUUUUUUUUCCCACUUUCUUUUGUGGUUUUAAGAAAUGCUUAGCAAGCAAGUUUGUCCUGCAUGCUCAUAAAUUCUCACAGUAGAGCUCCAAACUCACAAACUGACUUUUGUUAUCCACCAGAAUGUUUUGUUUAUCUUUACCAGAGAAACUGGUAAUAAAUAAUCAAAAACCCAAAUAAGAGAAAGUUUCCCUUUAGAUUUUUUUAUCCUGAUUCUAAAAUGAAAACUUAAAAACAUGAAACAUACGUACUAUAAGUGUGUAACAUUUUAUAAAGAUUAAGACAUUUUUUCCAAUAUAUUUCAGAACUACAGCGAAAUAUUUUGUCUGGGAUUUAAUCACCUUUCUCUGACAACCUGUCUUCUGCUCAAGUCGUAAUUAAAUUAAUGGAGUUGUAUUUAAUUGACAUAACUGCAAGCACAGAAUAUCAAAAUUGUCCUUGAAAGAACCUUGUUCUCCCAUCAGUGCAGUGUUUUAGUUACAUUUUUGAAAGACUUACAUCCAUAUUCUAUGAAAAAUUAAACAAAUAAUAAUAAAAAAUGAACUGAUUGCUACAGAAUUUUACCGAUACAAGAAUAUGAAACCACAGCGUUAUUCACUCUAUAAAAUGAAUACACUAGCAAAUAAAAUGUAUUCAUUACUGUC